AUGAUGGUUUAUCAUGAACUCGUAUCGGAACGGUCUACCCGGGCCUUCACACUGGGUCGUGUUGACUCCAAACUCUAUGGAUCACCAUUGCCGGUGUCGGCGCUGAAGGAGCUUGACCCACAGAACGCGCUAGACCUCGGUGUGUUUGCGUUUGAGCUGUCGUUCGAACAUCAGUCAGCAAGACUAAAUGGACAGGUCUCAACGGUAAGACAGACACACGCAGGAGUACUAGAGAUUGUGGUGAACGAAGGAAGGGUGUGGCUGCCACCGAUCGUCGCCGCGUUGCUAUAUAAACGGACAAAAGAGCUACCAGACAGCGUUCAUGUGCGCUUUGUGCGCUUGGAGAAGGGAAAGUUUGCGAGUCUGCAGCUGAGAGGAAAGGACAUCGCAAAGAGGCGGUUGAAAGUGCUUGUAUCGGAACUGAAGACCGAGCGAGCUGGAAAGGAAGCUGAGAAGCGAAUGGAAAUGAGGCUAUGCGUUAUAGCACUGGCGCAAGAGUGCAAAGGAGCACAGGCUAGCAGGCUACGCGCCGGUUCUUGCCCUUGUCUUCGCUGCAAAGCGUUUGAAAUCGUCAAGGUACUUACGGGCGAGAACGCGCAGCUAUUUCAACUGGCGGCUACAUAUCCACGUCACCUUUUUGGAGAUGAAGCAGUUGAAAAGACGCUGCAAGAAGUCGGCCUAAACGGCCGCCAAGAAGUGCUGUUUGUUGCAAAACUGACUGCAAGUCAAGUCAUCCGUGAGCCUGCUACUACGCAAGAAACACUACGUGCAGAUCAGGCACCAGUUGCUGGCCUCGAACGCAGCUACCUGAUAUUUGGGAUGAAGCUUGACGGACUAAAAAAUGCGGCUUGA